ACAGUAUACGUGACCCUUCCCUUUCUCUAGCCCAACACAAAUACCAAAAGUCAUCAACACGCAAGGAGAACAAAGACUGAUGAGAAAGCUCGUGGCCACCUCCCACCAUCUCCAUGGCCGAGCUUAUACAUGAAGCCACCGGGAAGAUGACGCAGCUCUGCCGGAGGAUCGUGCGCGUCAACCUGCCGUGGAGGGUCGUCGAGCGGGUCUCGAUAUUCCGGGACUUCUUCCGGUUCAUCUGGGAGAGGAUCCUCGUUUGCUCCACGGGGCGGCGGACGGGGGCGGCCCGGUACCGGCGCCUGCCCCGCCGGGGCAAUUCCCUGUCGGGCAUGGAGGCUCUGGAAGGGCCGGCGACGGCAUGCGGCGAGCACGAGACGGAUUCGGAUUUGGUAUCCCUGAAGAUCAGUUUGCUGGGUGAUUGCCAGAUUGGGAAAACUAGCUUCGUGAUUAAAUACGUAGGAGAUGAGCAGGAAAAGUGCAGCCUGCAAAUGACAGGGUUAAAUUUGAUGGACAAAACGAUGUUUGUUCAAGGAGCCAGAAUUUCAUGUAGUAUUUGGGAUGUGGCAGGCGACAACAGCUCCGUCGAUCAUCUGCCCAUAGCUUGUAAAGAUGCAGUGGCAAUUUUGUUCAUGUUUGACCUUACUAGUAGGUGUACCUUAAACAGUGUUGUUGGGUGGUAUGCUCAAGCGAGAAAGUGGAAUCAGACAGCUAUUCCCGUAUUAAUCGGGACAAAGUUCGAUGAUUUCGUCAAGCUUCCUCCAGAUUUACAAUGGACAAUCAUAACUCAGGCAAGGGCGUAUGCAAAGGCGAUGAAGGCGACCCUUUUCUUCUCGAGUGCGACCCACAACAUCAAUGUCAACAAGAUAUUCAAGUUCAUAAUGGCCAAGCUCUUUAACUUGCCAUGGAGCCUUGAGAGGAACCUGACCAUCGGUGAACCCAUCAUCGACUUCUAAACGUCUGUUAUUCCCUGACAAAACCCUUUUUGUACAUAGUUCAGCAGUUAGGAGAAAAACACAAGAGAGAGAAUGAAUAAGUUUCUGUUUACUUACCUAAUUCCCUUUUUUUUUUCUUUUUUGUUGUUGCAUUCUUGAGUUUCGGAAAUCAGAACUCAAGAAACAGGUUGGGAUUGUUUGAUCCCCUUAUGGUUUCUUUCGAAACUGGCUAAUUUGUUAAGAUAUAAGGUUGAGCUUAUGCAACACCCUAUAGAAGAUUGAGCUUUACAUAAUCAAAAACCUGAGGAAUCCAGUAUUUGACA